AUGGCGCACGCGCGCGACGACGACGCCGCCGACGCCCUCGACGCGCUCGCGGACGCGGCGCGGACGAUCGCGCGCGAUGUGAAAUCCGCCGACGCGUUGGUGGCGUACGGCGACGCGCACGGAAGCGCGUUGACGACGAGCGAUGGGAAUUUGCUCGGAAAGCUCUUCGACGCCUUCGCGGCGAGCGACGGCGAUGGGUGGCGCGAGACGCGCGGUCGGGGGGGGGCGCGGGUGUUUCUACGCGCGAGCGCGGACGCGUCGACGUCGCGGGCGCAUCAGGUGCUGGGGACGUGCGAGACGCGGGCGACGGCGGAUGAGGUGUUUGCGUUUUUUAGCGACGCGAGCGCGUUCGACGCCCGGUUCAGGGCGUUGGAUGAGAUGUUUAAGGGUGGUGAUGUGUUGUCGUAUAGGUUGUAUGAUGAUAUGUUGCGGAGUGAGGGGGGGGGGGGUGGAGAGGGGAUGGAGGGACGCGCGCGCGCGACGCGGGCGAGACGGUUUCCGGGAUUCGGGCGCGGGGACGGACCGCCCAAGUUUGGGGAGUUGUUCGAUCGAUUGGAGCGCUCGGGCAGGGGUGGACGGGAAUCUGCGGACGGUGGGGAUCGUACGGUGAGGAUGUCGUCGCGAAAACCGGCGAUGGAGACGUUGGAGACGGUGCCGCGGACGCGCGCGGAGGCGCCGGACGCGAACAAUCCGCUCGGGUGUCGACCGGGACACGCGAUUCUACGAGGGGCGUUCAGGCUGCCGUCCAUCAUACGCGAUCGUGAUUUCGUUUGGGAACAACUGACGAUGAAACUCCCGAACGGGGCGGUCGUCGUCGCGGCGCAGUCGGUGGAAAACGGCGUCAUCAACGCCGUGGCGCCGCCGUUGGAAGGACACGUGCGAGGAAAGAUUAUAGUCUCGGGAUACUACGCUGCGCCAAAUCCGGCGACCGGAGGGUCCACGCUGUACUACGUCGUCCAGGCUGAUCCGAAGGGACACCUACCGAUGUGGGUGGUGAACGCGGUGGCGCCGAAUCAGGCGGAAAAUGUCGCUCGAUUAAGAAAUGUUUUGGACGCGCCGAAAAAGUAA